AUGUACAAUUGCAUAAUAUGUACUUAGGAAACUGAUUUUUCAUCAAAAUGUGAUUGUCACUUUUGUUUAUUUUGCUUGCUAAAUUGGUUUGAUGAGAAAAAUAGAGAUAAACCUGUAGAAAUACUUUAGUGUCCAAAUUAAGGUUGUAAUUUCACAUAUAAUCGAAAUGAAAUCUUAAGUUUUUGUUCUCUAUAACCUUAUGAGAAGAUGAUUUAAGAAAUCUUGCUCAAAGAAUAUUUAAAAAAUUAAGAUAUCCGUCCUUGUCCAAAUGGAAAAUGCAAAUAUUUUGGUUACAUAGAAUUAGACAAUAAAUGUGAUGACGAACUUGAAUGCUUUGAAUGCGGAAUGAAAUGGAGAGACUUUGCUUUGGCUUCAUAUACAUUUUAAACAGAAUAUAUGAUAAAAAAUAUUUUUGGAAUAAUAAGAGAAUUUUGCUAUUGCUUUAUUACUACUAAUGAGUGUCCUAACUGUGGAAUUUUAAUACAGAGAAAUGGUGGUUGUAAACAUAUAACAUGUAAAGCUUGUGCACAUCAAUUUUGUUGGUAUUGUAAAUAAUAAUGGGGAAGGCAUAAGGAAUCUUAAUGUUUUAGUUCAGAAGCAAUAUCAAUAGGCUUGCUUCUAACUUUCCCUAUCAAUAUUUUGCAUUAAUUUGGAAUAUUUUCAUAUUUUCUUUAUGUUUUUUAUCCUUUGUUAUUGUUAUUGGAAUUGUUAAUUAUGAAUGUAUUAGUUAUUGGAACCGGUUAUGGGACAUUCAUUUUGGUUAAAUCAAUUAUUGAUCUGAAGAAUAAUCGAAGAGGCUUUUGCUCUAAUCUUUUAGCUUUUGGAGGAUCAAUUUUAUUGUUGAUUAUUGAAUAUUUUAUCUUUUGGUUUUCAUCUGUGUUUUUGGAUAUAACUUUUUAGAAGGCAUUCAUAGGCAUUUUAAUUGAACUUUCAAUUGCCAUUUUAUUCAUUGGUUACUUAAAUAGAGUGAGUUUGAGAUGGAUUUUAAUUCCGUUGCUUGCAAUAUUUUUAUUUUACUUUUUUGGAUUUAAUGGUUUUAUCAUGCUUAUUUGGUAAAUUCCAGUAUUAACAGGUUCAAGAAAUUUUCUUUCAUAAGUCGGAUUUAAUGCAUUAGCUAUUGGUCUGCUAAUUUUAUUCAACAUAUUUAGUUUAUUAGAAUUAUUUAGCUCAAUUCUAAUAUAUUUAAUAUUGGGUUCUACAUAUUUUUAAUAUAAAACAAAUUACAACAAAAGUAACUUAGUAUUUGUGGGAAUUGUAGCAUUAUCUUACCUUUAUGAAUUAAUAUUUGCAUGA